CCUUCUUCAUCUUAAGGUGGUUUGGAUUCUAAUACAACUCAGGAAGGAGAAGACUUACAACUUGAAGUUCUUGAUGGAUUGCUGGAUGAACUUGAUGAAGUGGAUGAUCUGGAUGCAACAAAUGGUCUCUCCAGCGCAUGUGACUGUGAAGAUUUUCUUCUGGACAUUGAAUUUGCUGAAAAGGCUUCCAAAUUGGAUUCUGGUCCCAGUGAGGCAACGUGUUUGGGAAACUCGAGUUUAGAGAGUCUGUCUCCUGGAUUAAGUGGAAGUUGUAAUGGUGCUGUAGGGAUAUCAGAAUCAUCAACUGCAACUAUUCUAGAAUCUGAAUGCAAGAACAAUGCUCUUGACAAGAUAGUAACUUGCAAGUUGCAUGGUGGCUUCAUGAGCAAAUGUGGGUGUCAACCACCAGCUGAAGACAGUAUCCACAUGGCUUCAAUUGAGUUAAGAAAACUUGAUGACUUGGAUCAUGACGAAAAUCUUUUAGCGUGUGGUAUCUUGUCUACUGGGACUGGAAAGCGAUCUUUAGAAGUGAGCAGGAUUGACGAACUUCUUAGAGAGAAGAGAUUGCGUAAGCCUACUCGAAGGUACAUUGAAGAGUCUUCAGCUAAAAAAUCAGGAUAUUUGAAGGGAAGAGAAAAAUAUCCUGUGGCAUCUACAAAAGAUACGAGUCUGAAGGUCAAAUCUUGUAAUGAACUUCAUAAUACAGGACGUAGAGCAUCGACCGUGAUUCAUGAGGAGAAAUCUUUAUGUGGUAUUAGAGUGCGGAGGGGACGUCCAAAGAAACUGGUGCCACAAUCGGGGCUUGAAUCUGACAAGGAACCCCUCUCAUCUGAAUCUGAAGAUAACUGUGCAACCAAAAAGAAAGCUAAGAAGCAUGAUAGGAGGAAGCAUCAAAGGAUGUGGACUCCUUCCGAGGUGAUAAAGUUGGUUGAUGGUAUUUCUGAAUAUGGAGUUGGCCGAUGGACUGACAUAAAAAGGCUCCUGUUUUCAACAAGUGCUUAUCGCACACCCAUUGAUCUCAGGGACAAGUGGCGAAAUCUUUUAAGAGCUAGCGGUGCUGAAAAACCAAACAAGAAAGGGGUUGAGCAAAAGCAGGAGCAUUCCUUGCGGCCCUUACCAAGUUCCUUGCUACGCAGAGUCCGUGAGCUGGCCAAAAUUCAUCCGUAUCCAAGGGUGCGCAUCUCUAAGAAAUCAUGCAUUGGCCAAGUUGCGCCUGCAAUGCAUCCUGGUGCAUGUAAAAGUGCUCCUCCAUCUAGUCUUAGCGGGAGACGUGUGCGAAGGAAGAAUUUUACUUGAAGCACCAUUUCCAUCUGCAGGAAAGCAAUGCUUAAGAAAAUUCACAUUAAUCUUAGUUGUAAAAAAUCUGCAUUUUCAUUUACAGUAUCUUCGUUAGCUAUGCUUUACACAUAAACAUCUAAUUUUCUGAUAAUUAUCGAAAUUCUGGUUAGAGAAAUGUGAUGUAUGCUAGCAUAAGUGUUUCCAAAGUUUAAAAUUAAAACUGCCGGGAAACAUCUAGCUGAUGUUUAUGCAAAAGUAGUUGUCUUUUUUUUUUUUUAUUAUUUUAUUGAAUAUCACUGCAUUACUUAAAAAAGA